AGACAGUCUCUGUGGCUCUGACCAUAAGCACAGUUGCAGCCUCCAGGAGGAGAUGCCAUGACCUUCAUCUACACAGCCCUGCUCCAUCUGGGACUGACUCUGGGCCUGGGGACCCCAGUGCUGGCAGGGACCCUCCCUAAGCCUGUCCUCAGAGUACAGCCAGACUCUGUGGUCUACAAGCAGACUACAGUAACCUUCUUCUGUGAGGGGACCACAGGAGCCAAAGCAUACAGACUCUAUAAAGAGGAAAACCAAAAACUAAUGCACAUAAAGAUCCCACAAAAUCCUAAGAACAAGACUGAAUUUUCAAUCUCAAAAAUAGACCAGCAGUAUGCAGGGCAAUAUCGCUGUCAAUAUCACACUCGUGAUGGAUGGUCAGAGUUCAGUGACUCCCUGGAGCUGAUGGUGACAGGAGUCUACAGUAAAUCCAGUCUGUCAGCACAGCCCAGCCCUGUGGUGACUGAAGGAGGGAAUGUCACCCUCCAGUGUGGCUCAGGGCAGUCAUAUCACAGUUUUGUUCUGAUGAAGGAGGGACCUCAGAAGCUCUCCUGGAUGCUGGACUCACAGUAUAACUACUCUACUAGACAGUACCAGGCCCUGUUCUCUGUGGGCCCUGUGACCUCCAGCCAAAGGUGGACAUUCAGAUGCUACAGCUUUAACAAGAAAAGACCACAGUUGUGGUCAGAACCUAGUGACCCCCUGGAGCUCCUGUUCUCAGGGACCCUCCACAAACCCACCAUCAAGGCUGAGCCAGGCUCUGUGGUCUCUUUCCGGAGUGCCGUGACCAUCUGGUGUCAGGGGAGCCUGGAUGCAGAAAUGUAUGUUCUGCAUGAAGAAGGAAGCCAAAAACCCUUGGACACACAAACCCCAGAGAAGCCUGAAAACAAGGCCAAGUUCUCCAUCCCUUCUGUGACACAGCAACAUAGGGGACAAUAUCGCUGUUACUGUUACAGCUCAGCUGGCUGGUCAGAGCGCAGUGACACCCUGGAACUGGUGGUGACAGGAAUCUACUACAACAAACCCAGCCUGACAGGCCUGCCCAGCCCUGUGGUGACAUUAGGAGAGAACAUGACCCUCCAGUGUGUAUCACAGAAUGGAUAUGACAAGUUCAUUCUCACCAAGGAAGAUCAGAAGUUCCUCAGCUCCAUGAACUCACAGUAUAUAUACCAUAUUAGGCAGUGGCAAGCCUUGUUCUCUAUAGAUCAUGUAACACCAGACCACAGAGGGACACUCAGAUGUUAUGGUUACUACAAUCAUACCCCACUCUUGUGGUCAGUACCCAGUGAGCCCCUGGAAAUACACAUAUCAGGACACAUUACAGCCUCCAGCCUUCCAACCUCACUGCCCAUGCCAACAACUGCCUCCUCAGAGAACCAGGAUCACACAGUGGAGAAUCUCAUCAGGAUGGGGUUUGCUGCCAUGAUCCUCACAGUCCUUGGCAUUCUGCUGUUUGAGGCUUGGAGCAGCCGGAGGCAGGCCCACCAUGCAGUUGAGAGGUAAUCAGAGAAGAAAGAAGAACAUCUCUCAAGGAUCCAGAGUCUGGGAAAUAAAUCUGAUGAUCUCAAGUUUUCUGCAAGAAAAUCUAGUUCUUCCAUUGAAGAACCGGUGUGAGAGAAUGUCCAGGGAGCAAAUGUGUUUUGGGUGCAGAGGAAGGUGUGAGUGUUGUGAUGAGAUGCUUCCUCCGCAAAUGAAUUUACAUUCCUCCACCUACUGUGGGCAUUUGCUGGCCGAACCAACUCUUUUCUUGAUCUAUAAAGUGAGGAAAUGGGCUGCCCGGUCUGUCUGGCAUUGAUCCUUGUUUCUAUACAUAUUUUCUUUCCCUCCCUCUCAUGUGUCACUUUCCAUUUUAAUAAAUUGCCACAUUCACUAUGGCAGAAGCUUCUCUCUGUUGGACUAGAAACAAAGAUGUUGCCUACAUAACAAAAAGAAAAUGAGUAAAGUCAGAGCCCAGAAUUCAAAGUCACUCUGCCUAUGAUGUCCCAAACUCUCUUCAUGACCCCCACCCUUUCAGUGUUCAACCCAUGCUCUUCAUGGAGUUUCUCUUGAAAUAUAAAGCCAAUGUUACCACACUGAUGGAAUAAGGACUGUCUCACAAGACAGUUUGGGCAGCACUUUGACAGUGUUUUCUUAACACAGAUCUCUGAUUUGUAGCAUUUGCUGACCCCUAUAAACAUCCCCAUCAAAGACACCUUCACAACAGCAAUGUAACAUCACAGGUGUAAGGUUGAGGAAUGUUGCAUUAAAUUGAUGUGUUUUUCAUUUUAUUUUCCACUGUCUAUUUCUCAUAUAUGCAAAAGCAAAUGGUAUGCUGAUCAAUCAUCCCAGAUUCACCUUGCUAGGAAGACUUAUCAUACAAUGAUUCAUAAUUUCUACAUAGAAAAUCAUGUUAUAUUCAAACAAUAAUAGUGGUAUUUAUUUUUCCCUCUUUUAUAAACUAUACUUCUGUUUCUGUAUUAGCUAAGUCUUCAAGUACAAAACUCAAAUGUGUGAAGAGAUGUGACUCUUAAC